GCCUAAUAUUUUUUCAAUAAGUACUUUAUUUUUGCUAUAUAGAGAGAAUGUGUAAGAUAUAAUUCAGACAGAGGGUUUGCAAGCGUUUAAAUCAGUGUCUCCUAACCUUUAUCUAUAAAUCCUUUUGCAUAUUUUGGAACUCUUAUUCCUUCCUUGCUAUGAAAAAAACUACUUUAUUUGUUCAAUCUUCAAAGGUUCUUUAUAGAUAAUGCUAAGAAGAAAGAAAUUUCGACGUUGAAAAAAUAUUUUAAACUUUUGUUUAAUCAAAUUGGCUAAUUUUAUAUAUAUAACAGAAACGCUCAUACAUUCAAUUUGCGAUACUAUAUUUAGAUUUACCAAAAUGGGUGAUUCUCAAGCAUUUGAUAUCAUACUCCUAAUUUUGUGCAUUGCAUGUACUCAUGCUCAGAAACAAACUUUGUCUCCUCCUUACACUUGUACCACAACAACGACUUUAUGUCAACCUGGGGACGAUGGCUAUACACGACCAAAUACCGGUACUCAAGUUUCACAAGGAAGACCUGGCAAGAGGGGUGCAGCUGGUGAAAAGGGGGAAAGAGGUGAAAAAGGUAAUCCUUGUCAAUGCGAUACUGCCGACGAGGAGGCGCUGAGAAGUUUGAGGAAAACGAUGAACUUGAAGUUUGAAAAGUUACAAGACCAGCUAAAUCUGAUUGCACUUCCCUCAAACUGCGAAGAAUAUCAAAUGCUUUUAAUUAAAGACGAUGGAAGAUCUGAGAAGUUGACUAAAGUAUAUCCGUUUAAACAUAUUGGAAACAUGACAUAUGAUUUGGUGAACUGUAACUUGUAUCAGGUGGACAGUGAUGGUUGGAUCGUCUGAGAACUUUACAUCAAAUUACCAGUCAUGGAGACUUUCAACUCCGAAUCGAUCUCAAGUUUCAAAGUGGUUCCGUAAAAUACGCUGAAUAUAGUUCUUUUGCAGUAGGAAAUGAAAAUUCCAAGUUCAAACUGACAGUAUCAGGAUAUUCUGGCGACACUGAUGAUCGAAUGACUCACCAUAAUGGUCACGUUUUCUCAACUUUUGAUAUGGAUAACGAUAAGCACACGACUUGAAAUUGUGCUUCGUAUUAUCAUAGAGCGUGGUGGUAUAAUGCUUGCUAUCAUUCGAAUAUGAAUGGAAGGUACAAUACUGAUUUCGACUGGCCACAUGGUACACAUCUGGCAUCAAGUGAAAUGAAAAUUCGUCUGACGUAACAUUGCUUCUUGUCAAUAAUAAACAAAUGAAACAAGAUUUGAAUAGACUUGUGAAUAUAUUGUUUAAGUUGAUAUCUGAAUGACUUUAAUGCACUAUUGGAAUAUCGAUGAUAAUUUUUCCUAGAUUUUGGAAGUGUGUGCGUCUCAUCUUGUCUACAAUGAGUGUUUAUGGUAGCGCUACAAAUUUUUAAUCGUCUGGUACGGGGAAGCAACCCUAUAUAUUAAUGACAAAUAAUUUUGGAUUUGGAUAAAUAGGUUGGGUACAUUGUACCAAAUACGCUAAAAUGAACAGCGAGUGAAAAGACGAUAUCAUAUUAUUUGCACAAAGCAAGCAAGCAUUCAAUUGUUAGACAAUUAGUUCAUUAUUUAGCCUCGCCAGAUCUUGCCAGGUUUGACGUUAAUAAAGAUCUAAUAAUUUUUAGUCGUUAAGUGUUGAAAAUCCACUAAAAAACUUUGCCAAGUAUCAUUUUAUAUCUGAACAGCGAAAAAUAAAUAUCUCAAAUCAUGAAUGUUACAUGACUGCAAACUUCAGUGAUUUACAAUUUCCGCCAAGUCCGAUUCUUCGCUUUCUCGGAAUUAGAAUAAAUUGGUCAUUGUGAUGCCACUGCUACCGUUGCGAAUACUAUAUUCUUGGAGUGAGACAAUAACAUCUUUGCAUACAAUAACAAUUACAUACUGCGGAAGUUAUUGUAGGAUAGUUUUUCAGUUAAGAAUCACGAUAUUCGGCACGUUAAUCCUAAAUUUGUGCAGCGGCAAAACUUUCAUUUGUCACAUAAUAUUAUGCUCUAUCGGACUUGCCCAGACUCAAAUACAAUACGGUACUGUUAUGUGUAUAUCAUAUUUUGCGCAUGUGCAGUAGGCUACUGUAUUCGCCCUAUUUCAAAACACAUAACAGGCUCUCCAUGAAAAUGAUUUAGAGCAUUUUGUUUGGGGGGGGGGGGGCAGUACUGUAUAUUGUUGAGUAAACGAAUAGCUCGGGCAGACGCAAAGUUUCUCUCACGGAGCCCUGGGGCUUCACAACCUUUUUUUCCCUAAAGAAGUGGUCCACAACCACCGGUCCGCCACAACCUUCA